AUGGCACUUUAUCGAACUUCGCUUACUAUCACAACACACCAUCGACUUCCUCUAAGCGAUUGCACCGAGCUUUGCUCAAAUGUGGAGGUUGAACAUGAUAAACAUCCUAAGCCGGGUUAUGUCAAGUUCAAUCUCGAUAUUGAAUGUGAUCUUCGUGAAGACCCCAGUGAUCGCCUUCAUGUCAGGAACCCAUUCUCGCGGCAAACACUUCGUGAAUAUUACCGCCAAAAGCUAUUGCUGUUGGUAUCGACUCAAAUUCUCGCCAAGCCAUCCAACCGAGCGAAGCUUGCCAAGCAACAAGUUGCCCUGCCAACCACAAAAACUGAUCCACUCGCACUACUCUUCGACAAGGUUGAAAGGGAUCAACUCUCGCUUUCUUACAUCUGCCAAUAUCAUGGAACAGCAUUCCGCAUCGCAUUCAGGACUCCCACAAUCGAUACGUUUGUCAACCUUCGUCACUGCCGUCACACGUGA